GCUUGCGCAUCGCUUCACUCUUGGUUGAGCACGCACACACCUCGCUGUCUGGUUAACGCCGCAUCACCAGGUGCAUAUUUCCAAUCAAGAAAUCUUCAACGCAAUUCAACUUCUCCAGAAGAAAAUUGAAUCGACGUCUAAGAAGCAGAAGAUUUCCGAGACUGCUGUCCCUUUCAAGAGCGAGGGCAACCGUCAGCAGUGCAUUCAAACCGAAUCCAUCAUAACUGUUACUAGUGGAAUCAGCAUUGAAUUCCUUGGACCGGGGCGAUUUCAACGGCGUGGAAGCAAGCCUACAAGAGGACCCGGCUCCCUGACUCUUUCGGAAUCGACCGCAGAGUGUGUUUCCAGUGUGGCAUUAGCGGUCACGUUCGAGCCAAUUACCCCAGCCUACUAGAUCACCGAACGAUUCAACAGCCACAGUGGCCAGAGUUUCCUUCGCAUAACACCCAGCAAAUCCCACACUCUGAACCUGUUUUCUUGACCCUGCCAUUUUCAGCAGCAUCGCCAGUCAACGCCUAGCCCACGCCAUCAAUCACGGGACACGGACCGAGCGGGAUUUCACCCGCGCCUGAUCUUGCGUCCCAACCACCUGGUUCCGAGCCCUUUUCUAGCUACUGUACCGCAGUCGGAUCAUCCGGAGUUGCCUCCCCUUAGAGACUGGGAAGUUUCAUUGCCCAUGGCGACGCCCCAAGACAGGUCUUAAAGUUGUUUGCAUUCUGGGUGGGCGGAACUCACUGGAAAGAGUAUGAUUGGUCAAAGCUGACGACAGUUGUGAUGUUUGGAAGUCAUUAUGAGGCCGACCUGAUGUGUUAUGCACACUCAAAGGGCGUCAGAGUCACUUUGCUUGGUGAGUUUCCCGCUGCCAAUCUGACCAGUGUGGCUGACCGCAGUGCAUGGGUCAUGCAGCAGGUGGACCGGGCCAUCCAAGGUCACAUGGACGGCAUUAAUUUUGACAUUGAGUACCCACUGGAUGCCAGUAAAGCUAAAUACUUGACUGCACUUGUCGAUGAAACAACUAAAGCUUUCCAUCUUUCAAUUCCUGGCUCUCAGGUCACAUUUGACGUUGCCUGGUCACCUAACUGCAUUGAUGGCCGUUGCUAUGACUACAAAGGCAUCGCCGAUUCGUGCGACUUUCUCUUUGUGAUGUCAUAUGAUGAACAGAGCCAGAUAUUUGGACCGUGCAUUGCCAUGGCCAACUCACCCUACAACAAAACAGCCGGGGGUGUAGAGAGUUACCUUAAGCUGGGCAUACCUGCUGAUCAACUUGUGCUGGGCGUGCCUUGGUAUGGGUAUAACUACAACUGUACCAGCCUGAGUACCAAGACCAAUGUAUGCCACAUUCCUCAUGUACCAUUCCGUGGUGUGAAUUGCAGUGAUGCUGCAGGCAAGCAGGUUAGUUACCAAGGAAUCAUACAGUUGCUGAUGCAAAACUCCACAAGUGGACGCCUCUACAACACAACCUACCAGGCCCCUUACUUCAACUACGUGGAUGCAACAACGGGAGACCAUCAUCAAGUCUGGUAUGACAAUCCACAGAGUCUGACUACACGCUACAAGUAUGCUCAGAAGAUGAAGUUACGAGGCGUAGGCAUGUGGAACGCAGACACUCUGGACUACAGAGAUAACCCAACAUCCAAAAAAUUGACCAAAGAAAUGUGGGAUGCCAUUGGAAAGUUCUUUUUGCCCUAAGGAUGGUACAUUGGAGUCAAAUCGAAGAAAAAUUGAGGAGACAAUAAGAUAUGAUUUCUACUUGACAUAGCAUUUGACAAUAGAGUAUAAUUUCUACAUUCUAGGAUGAAAAUUCAACCAAAACGAAUAUUCAGAAAUUAGUAUUUUUAAUUUUAGUUUCUUCCAUUUGGGUAUUUCUCUCACAUGUCAUCAGAGUCUGUAACUAACCACAAAACUCUUCUUUUUAUCAUUUCAUCUUUGAGUCAAAAAAUGAGCUUCUUUCCAUCUUAAACAAUUUCUCCAGACGUUUCUCGAAAGAAAUGAGUAUUACAUAAGCACGAAAUAUUGUUUGGUCUUGACCCUUUCAUCACAGUAGUCUACUUGUUUGCACAUGUUGUCUGCCUUUUUCUUAUUUCUAGCCAAGGGCAGAUCUUUGGGACCAACGUGGGCCAUGCCCCUCCCCCAACCAUUUUGUCUUGGGAGGAGGGAGGAAAAAUAACUUUGUGGUUUAUUUCAGUUUCCUUCAAAAAGUGUGUAAAAUGCCUCAAAUGUAGACUACUUCCCAGAAAGUCUAUAAAAGAUUACAUGAAAACUUUUCGCUUGAAUUUUUUAGCCCCUCCCCAAAAGAACUUGUAGGAUCCUCUAAAAUUCUUUAGAUCUGCCCUUGUUUCUAAAGCGUGUCCUUGCCAUCUAUACCUUGAUUAUAGAAAUAUAAUAAUUUCCUUUUCAAAUCAAAGCAAAGGUACUAAAAUUCACUGUCCUUUGACAGAGAAUUAUGCACAAAAAGACUAGUUAUUGAUGGAAACUUGCGUAUCUUUUGCCUUCCUUCAUUUCUGGGUGCUGCUUUUGGCUGACGAAGUUGUUCAUUGCUUUGCUUUGUAACAUGUUGCUGUUUGUUCAUUAAACUUGUUGGUGGGUUAUGAUACAGUCCAUGAAACGCCUAUAACAUGGUUUCGGAAGAUUGAGAUUGUAGACGUACAUACGUUUUAUUUCUUGACCUUUGAAACCGACUAGCUUAGCCAACAAUUAAUUUCUUCUGGUCUUCAUCUUGUUUUGUUGUUAAGCUGAAACUUCCCUGUUUUUGAACCUGGAAGGUUAAGCUUCCGAAUCUCUCUCUUUUAGAAAACGUAGGCUCAGUUAGCUUCUUCAAGAAUAGAUUUCGAAAACUUAGCCAGUAAACAACAAGUUACUUGGCACAAGUUUUAGAUUUGGACUAUAUUGAAAGUGACGUAUUUUUUGCAAAAAGGAUUUCGUGCGAUUUAGUUGAAAUUGCAGAAUUUGGAACAAAUUUUAUACAAGAUGUACAGAUUCCACGGUCGUGCAUGUAUGUUGUGGCAAUACCCUUUUAAAAAAGGAAUAUGAAGUAUUAUUUGAAGUAAAAUAAAAUGUUGUUUUGUGAUUUCAUCUAUUCUCAAAUAAAGGUGUACGCAGAAUGUGAUAUCGGUA